AUGGAGCUGCUCUAUCUUCUCUGUUCCAUCGUAUCCACGUCCCUCACUUCCAUCAUUUUCUCUCUCCUCCUCCUCUUCCGACACCUCCUCCGCCGGCUAUGGGCCCCACGUGCCAGCUCCUCCUCUAAGGAUUCAGUCUCUCUCUAUGAAGGCACAGUUUGGCAUGAGCGCCGCCAUCCCGUCCGCCACUCUUUCAAAUACUCCGUCCGCUAUGCACUCUUUAACCUUGACCACACGCCCCACGCGCCGCCCGACCAUCUCUCUGCUGAAGAAGCUCGCUGCAUUGCCGAAACUAGUGGACCAAUUUUCCUCUUGACAAUACCUCCCAGCGUGGGUUACGAGCAAAAUCCUUUGAGUUUGUAUUAUUGCUACGAUGUAGAAGGCUCUACCCAGGUUUUGAAGAAAUGCAUUGCUGAGGUAACCAAUACUCCAUGGGGUGAAAGAGUAACAUUCGUAUUUAAUCCAAAAUCUGAUUUAGUCGCAAAACCACUUCAUGUCAGCCCAUUCAUGGAUAUGCUUGGAAAUUGGAGCAUCAGAACUAAUGCACCUGGGGAUAAUCUGUCUGUUGCAAUUUUAGUUCAACAUCCCAAGCUUGGUGACUAUUUCACAGCUUCCUUGACAGCCAAAAGAGUCUCUUCUGCACUGGCAACUGAUCAUGCAAUGUUUUUCUGGUUGAUGCCCCAUAAAGUUGCACUGUGGAUAUAUUGGCAUGCUGUCAAGCUUUGGUGGAAAAAUGUUCAAUUUAUCCAACAUCCAAGGUAUCUUUCCCGUGAAUAUAGAGAAGCUGCUUUUGUACGCGAUAAAAAACUUCAAAGCUGUCAGGCAUUUGCAUUGGAUACACAGAACCAUCUGCAAGUUGAGGGAACUGGUUCUUGUCUUGUGGCUGAUACAAACGGGAGGGAUCGUAAGUUCACAUGGAGAGAUGCUGAGUGGCCCUGGUGCUAA